UGGUCGGUAGGCGGUCGGUCUCUACCGGAAUUCGAAUUCUGAGGGAACGCGUUCAAACGGUCCCAACAAGCUAAAUGGGGGAUCAUUAUUCGUUUCACUGGCCGCCAGUCGUGAACACGUCGCUCCGAAGACGCCGUUACUCCUCGGUAAAUUCGAUCGCGAGUUCAAGCCGAAGAAACUACCGAAAGGGUUCCGUUCCGAAUUCUUAGCCCUAGAAGUGAUAGUAGUUCUACAGCACCUGCUGACGUUCAAACGGUUGACCCAAGAGAAUGCCGACAGCGCGGGAGCAGUUCUUUAACGCCGGCGACGGUGUCGCUGGCAUCGGUCUCGGGAUAGAGAUUGGAGAAGCCGACUCUGGAAGAGUCUACAACGCCACCACAGUGCCGAUGACCAGUGCGAGCAGCUGGCGGAAUGGUCAGACCAGCACAGCCACCAGCACGACUUUCUCGUCUGCACCCACUUCCGCUCCGAGUCCACCUCAAGUGGCUUACAGCAAUGGGGCAGCGGCCAUCAAGCAGCCGCCUCUGGAGUCUGUGGCCGAGGAGGAGGUGCACUUCGACACGGAUGCCCUCAACAACUUGCCCGCACGCGAGCCUGUGGACAUUGAGUUCAAGGAGCUGUCGCUGACUGUGAACUUGGGCUUCAACCGAGGAUCUAAGGAAAUCUUACACAAUGUCUGUGGAAAGUUUCCUGGGAGUCAGCUUAUUGCCAUUAUGGGUCCCUCGGGAGCGGGAAAGUCCACUUUGCUGGAUGCUCUUUCCGGUUUCAAGACCACCGGCGUGGAUGGAUCCAUACUGCUGAAUGGUCGACGACGCGACUUGCCAUCCUUCCGUCGUAUGUCCUGCUACAUAACACAGGAUGAUCGUCUUCAGCCCCUGUUGACGGUGAACGAGAACAUGCAUAUAGCCGCCGACCUGAAAUUGGGCCAUACCGUAAGCUACGAGGAGAAGGAGAGCCGGAUCGAAGAUAUUCUGCUGCUCUUGGGUCUGUACGAUCACGACCAGACACUUACAUUGCGCCUGUCAGGUGGUCAGAAGAAGAGGCUAUCCAUUGCAAUGGAGCUGAUCAACAAUCCCACUGUGAUGUUUCUAGACGAGCCCACCACUGGUUUGGACAGCAGCUCCUGCACCAAGGUCCUCGAGCUGCUCAAGAAGCUUACAACCCAGGGCCGUACCAUUAUAUGCACAAUCCACCAGCCCACGGCCAAGCUAUUCCAGAUAUUCGAUCAGGUCUACGUUUUGUCGGCAGGCAACUGCGUCUACCAGGGUGGCACAGAGAAGCUGGUGCCUUUCCUCCAUGCCGUGGAUCUGCCUUGCCCCAUGUACCACAAUCCGGCGGAUUAUAUCAUCGAACUGGCCUGCGGGGAGUACGGCUAUGACAAGAUAGACACACUCAAAAGUGCCACGGAGAACGGGAGCUGUCUGACAUGGUUUAACAAUCCCAGUGCGGUGUUGCGCUCCGAAGCCUUGAUGCGAAAGUAUCCCAUUCCAAAGCGCACCAAGAGCGACUCCCUGGAAGACACCAGCUACGCGAACCAGUGCUCGGUGCUGCUGCGGAGAGGCUACAUCAAGGCGCGGCGGGAUACGACCAUGACACAUCUCCGCAUCGGAGUCAACAUAGCUGUGGCCCUGCUGUUCGGCGCCAUGUACGAUCACACGGGUCGCGAAGGAUCGCGGGUCUUGGAUAAUUACAAUUUACUAUUUGCCAUAUUGAUGCACCACUCGAUGACCACGAUGAUGUUGACAGUUCUGACCUUCCCUAUUGAGAUGUCCAUUCUGAUAAAGGAACAUUUCAACCGCUGGUACUCCAUGAAAGCCUACUAUACUGCCAUGACCCUAGUGGACCUCCCCAUAUCGAUCAUCAGUUGUUUCCUCUUCACCUCAAUCGUUUAUCUGUGGAGCUACCAGCCGAUGGAGUGGGUUCGCUUCUGGAUGUUCUUUGCCAUUAGUUUGCUGACAGUCUUUGUGGGCCACAGUUUUGGCCUGAUGAUAGGUGCCUGGUUUGAUGUGGUGAAUGGGACAUUCUUGGCGCCUGUGCUUACCAUUCCCAUGAUGAUGUUUGCUGGCUUCGGAGUGACGUUACGUGACCUCCCCAGCUACUUGCGAUGGGGCAGUCACAUAUCCUAUUUGAGAUAUGGGCUGGAGGGCUUCAUAUCUGCCAUAUACGGACUAGAUCGGGGAGUUCUAGCGUGCAAUGAGGCCCCAUAUUGCCACUACAGGUAUCCAAAGAAGUUUCUGGAGGAGAUUACGAUGUCUGGUGAUCAGUUCUGGAAUGACGUUAUUGCCCUGAGUGCCAUGAUCCUCAUAUUCAGGUUCCUUUCCUAUAUCGUGCUCAAGGCCAAGAUUAAAUCCAUCCGAUGA